AUGCGUCUUCUAGCAGCUUUUUGUGCGGCCAGUCUUACGUCACUGAUUCACGCCUUUCCCAAUGCGCCCUUCAAGACCUCUACGCAAUGGGUCCACGACUCCACUGGCGCCAACUUCACUUAUGUUGGCGUGAACUGGCCUGGCCAUGGAGAAGUGAUGAUCCCCGAGGGUCUCCAAUACCGGUCGAUCAAGUCCAUUGUUUCCAUGAUCAAAGAAUUGAAGAUGAAUGCUGUACGAUUGACAUUCGCCAUCGAGAUGAUCGACGACAUCAGGGACAAUGGCGGAGAUGUGACAGUACAACAGGCCUUCAUCAAGGCUCUAGGAAACACGAAUGGUACCAGAGUUUGGAAUGAAGUGACAAAGAACAAUCCGCAAAUCACUACCAGCACCACUAGACUUCAAGUCUUCGAUGCCGUUGCUGCAGAACUGGCAAAUCAACAGAUCUAUGUGCAUCUUGACAACCACAUGUCUAAAGGCAAAUGGUGCUGCAGUGGUAACGAUGGCAAUACGUGGUUUGGUGACACAGACUUUAAUGUUGCCAAAUGGGAAAGGGGCCUUGUUCAUAUGGCUGAACACAUAAUUCAGUCCAAAACCUGGCCUAAUAUGGUGUCUCUCGGCCUUCGCAAUGAGCUCCGGAGACCCGACCAAGCCGGCAACACCCUCCCCUACACUUGGUCCGUCUGGUAUGACAACAUGAUCAAGGCCGCAAAUUCUGUCAAUGCCGCAAACCCCGAAAUCUUGAUCUUCCUCUCUGGACUGAACUUCGACACCACGCUCCAACCCAUUCCUUCCUCCGAUGACCUCGGCGACGGCAAGAAGUUUGUGCUCAAGAACUUCAAAUACAGCGAUAAGCUCGUGCUUGAACUUCACAACUACCAAAAUUCCGCUACCAACUGCGGUGAUAUCGAAGGUGGUCUUUGGAACAAUGGAUUCCGCGCCACUUGGCCAACCGCAGUCAACCGAAUGCCAGUGCUUUUGACAGAGUUCGGCUUUUCGCAGGCCGAUAAUUCGUACUCGGGCGUGUACUCAACUUGCUUGAAGAAACUUAUGCCGCAAUGGCAGUCGGGAUGGAUGGUGUGGGCGUUGGGUGGAAGCUAUUACAUCAGGAGCGGGAUCCAGGAUUACGAAGAAACGUGGGGCUUGGUGAACCAUGACUGGAGUGGUUGGAGGAGCGCAAACUCUAUUAGAUCGCUCAAGGAAAUGGUGGACAAUACUCUUGCAUCAGUGCAGUAG